AUGGCCGGUCCGUCAGUUCUGCGGCGGAGUGUCUCGCACAUGUGCUACACAUCUGAGCUCCCGAGACUACGGUACUCGGGAAGGUACACAGUGACACAUAGACAUUUGCGACGACAACACAGCACUGCUGCUGUUACAGUUGAAGAGCGAUCACCGUUAACAACCGCCGAAUCAACCUCGUCGCCGACAUCUCCGAGAGCAGAAGCCAUCAAAACCGCAAAACCGUUCUCCGAAUUUCUAACCGAUACCUUCCACCGUCAACAUGACUAUCUCCGCAUCAGCGUCACCGAGAAAUGCAACCUACGCUGUUUAUACUGUAUGCCCGAAGAAGGUGUGCCGCUAUCACCUCCAGCACAUUUACUCACUACGCCUGAAAUCGUAUAUCUCUCCUCGCUAUUCGUCUCACAGGGCGUCACCAAAAUCCGCCUAACCGGUGGCGAACCCACAGUCCGAAAGGACAUCGUGCCCAUGAUGCAGUCAAUAGGAGACCUACGAAAGGACGGUUUACGCGAACUUUGUCUAACCACCAAUGGAAUCUCCCUCCACCGGAAACUCGACGCAAUGACCGAAGCGGGGUUGACAGGCGUUAAUCUCAGUCUAGACACAUUGGACCCAUUCAAAUAUCAGAUCAUGACUCGCCGAAACGGGUUUGAAGCAGUUAUGAAAAGCAUCAACCGCAUUGAAGAGAUGAAUUGUUCUUUCAAUGCGGGCAUCAAACUCAAGAUUAAUUGCGUGGUGAUGCGUGGAUUGAACGAGCACGAAAUCGUGCCUUUUGUCGAGAUGGGUCGGGAGAAGGAUAUUGAAGUCCGGUUUAUUGAAUAUAUGCCAUUUGAUGGCAAUAAAUGGAGUGCAAAGAAAAUGGUUCCGUAUCAGGAGAUGUUGGACAUCAUUCGGAAAAGUUAUCCGAGUUUAGAAAAGGUGGCAGACCACAAAAACGACACGAGCAAGACGUAUCGUGUACCCGGAUUCCAAGGAAAAGUUGGAUUUAUCACUAGCAUGACGCACAAUUUCUGCGGAACAUGUAAUCGGUUACGCAUAACAUCAGAUGGAAAUCUGAAGGUUUGUUUGCACGGUAAUGCAGAGGUAUCCCUCCGGGAUCUGAUUCGCGAAAAGAACAACGGCCUACCAAUCAACGACGACACAAUGGAAGCUCUCGACUUGCUUGAAUCAGGCCGCUUGACGGCUCGUAUUCAAGCAGAAAAGAAUCUGUCGGAUCGGGAACGCAGAUUACUCGAUGUGAUUGGCAUGGCGGUCAAACGCAAGAAAGCGAAACAUGCAGGUAUUGGGAAACUUGAGAAUAUGAAAAAUCGGCCUAUGAUAUUGAUUGAUAACUCUAUACUUCAAUUCAAGCACCGUACAAGGAUGAACACGGUGUAUAGCACGCUGGUUCCAACACAUCUCGUAACCUCAUCAACGCACCCACUCCGAACAUAUACCCAACAUAUCCGAAACUCGUCCACCAAGAAAAGCAAGGAAAACCAGACCGCCCAUGAAGUCAAACCCAACCACCCAGUUCUCCCACACCUCAACACCGCCGGACACAUGCAUAUGACCAACGUAGGCCGCAAACCAAGCACACAACGCUACGCCCGGGCUACAUGUCUUAUCCAUUUCACCAACGACAUCACCUACACAACCCUCACCCAAACCAAUUCCGACUGUUCCUCAACGGGCGGAACAAUGACACUCGCAAAAGGGGACGUAUUCGCCGCGGCACGAGUAGCGGGUAUAAUGGCCGCUAAAAAGACGCCUGAUAUAGUACCCUUGUGUCAUCCGAGUAUUGGGAUUGAUAGUGUUAGUGUUGACAUUAACCUACUUGGGCCGGACACAUCUGGUAGUAAAAAAGAAGAAGAAGGGAAUAAGUUUGGAGCAGUCGAGGUUAUAGCUACGGUUACGUGCGAGGGACGUACGGGGGUUGAGAUGGAGGCCAUGACGGCUGUGAUGGGGGCCGCGUUGACGGUUUAUGAUAUGUGCAAAGCGAAUGAUAAGGGGAUUGUGAUUGAUCAGGUUAGAUUGUUGGAGAAGAGGGGUGGGAAGAGUGGGAUUUGGAAGAGAGAUAUUUAG